CUUCUGAUCACCGGUAGAAACAAACCUCCGGUUAGCAGUUUAGGUUAGCGCGUCUGUCUCUCCCCUCUCCCGGUUUAUUAAAAUGCUUUCCACCGGAGAUGUUAACGGCUGUCUUCGUAAACUGGAAACUCUCCUGCGGUCGAUAAAGUAUCCAGGAUAUGUCGACUACAAUGGCCUUUCUAAAGGAGAUCCCUCAGCUUUUUUACCAAUUGUGAGCUUCACCCUCACUUCCUUUUCUCCACCUUUUGCUAAACAACUAAUGGAGGCUGGACUGGAGCUGACAGGCAAAACUGACCUCCGAUUCACUGACACUCUUUAUAAGGUACUGCGAGACGUGUUCCACUAUAAGCCCAUACUGACCAAGCAGCAGUUCCUACAGUGGGGUUUCUCUCUAAGGAAAGUCUCUGUCACCUGUGACAUCAUUAACUUUGUCCUGCAGAAACACAAUCAAAAGAAGAAGCCAAAAGUCAGAUGUCCUGUCUCACACAAGGAUGACCGUGAAGAAGGUCCUCCAACACUGACUGACGCAGAAACUGUUUCUGAGAGGCCAUCUGAUGUGAACCACGUAGAAAAUUCCUCCAUUUUUCCCAAAAAUUCAACUGAUGCAUCCUCCUCCGAUAAUGUAACCUCUCAUAAAGAAGUGUGCUCCUCCAGUUCUCCUGGAAAUGGGAUCAGAGAGGUGGCAGGGUGGGAGGAGGAGAAAGAUAACAUUCCUUAUACAUCAGAGAUGGAGGUUAGGCUUUCAGCACUGGAAUCUCAACAACAGAGUCUUCUGUCUGGGCUAAACAGGCUCAGUAUCCUGGAGAAACGCCUGGAAGAACUUGACAAACAGAGAAACAAAGACAAGAAUGAAGGAGACGUCAUCACUAUAUCCAGAGAGAGCUGGGAAAAUCUGAUGAGCAGAGUCCUGUUAUUGGAAACUAAACUAGAUCUGAACACAGUCCAGUUAAGCGACCCGCCGCAAUGUCCAUCAUCUGUGUUCUCCUGUUCUUCCAGCUCCAUGCCUGAUGCUUCCAAGGAGGACCUUAAGAACAGGCUAGAGAGGAUCACCAACAUGCUGAAGAGCACCUCCAGUUUGCUGAAGAACAAUAAAUCCUCCACAACAAACUGCAAAUAAAUUUUGAUAAUUUAU